GCGCUGGUCUGUAAGGACAGCGCAGCUGCAGCCGCAGCAGCACCAGAGGCAGUGUGCAAGGAGAGGAGGGGUCGGAGCACCGUGAGCACAGGUGUUUCUGAGGAGGAAUCAGAUAGCAGCGAAGGCUGCCAUACACCUCUGAGUUUUUACCUGUCAACACAGUAGCGUUAGAGACACUGAAAGCAAACAGGAAGACAGACCGAUCAGUCACACCAAGAGACACUAAAGUUAAAAGUUUUUUUUUUUUCUUUUUUUUUCCUGUUUUGUUUUCCCCCCUGGUGUGUCACUUACUACCAUGGUCAGGAAGCCUGUCGUGGCCACCAUCUCCAAGGGAAGUUACCUCCAGGGAAAUGUGAGCAGGAGGCUGCCUUCCAUGGGCGGCAAGGAGCCACCUGGGCAGGAGAAGGUGGUACUGAAGAAGAAGAUCACUCUGCUGAGGGGGGUCUCCAUCAUCAUUGGUACCAUCAUCGGAGCAGGCAUCUUCAUCUCUCCUAAAGGUGUGCUGCAGAACACUGGCAGCGUGGGCAUGUCCCUGACUGUCUGGACCGUCUGUGGGGUCCUGUCACUAUUUGGAGCCUUGUCCUAUGCUGAACUGGGAACAAGCAUAAAGAAAUCUGGUGGCCAUUACACAUACAUUCUGGAAGUCUUUGGCCCAUUGCUAGCGUUCGUACGAGUCUGGGUGGAAUUACUUAUAAUCCGCCCUGGAGCUACUGCAGUGAUAUCCCUGGCAUUUGGACGCUACAUUCUGGAACCAUUUUUUAUUCAAUGUGAAAUUCCUGAACUUGCAAUCAAGCUCAUAACUGCUGUGGGCAUAACUGUAGUGAUGGUCCUAAACAGUGUGAGUGUCAGCUGGAGUGCUAGGAUCCAGAUUUUCCUGACCUUCUGCAAGCUCACUGCAAUUCUGAUAAUCAUAGUCCCUGGAGUUAUACAGCUAAUUAAAGGACAAACACAGCACUUUAAAGAUGCCUUUUCAGGAAGAGAUGCGAGUAUUAUGGGGUUGCCGCUGGCUUUUUACUAUGGAAUGUAUGCAUAUGCUGGCUGGUUUUACCUCAAUUUUGUUACUGAAGAAGUAGAAAAUCCUGAAAAAACCAUCCCCCUUGCAAUAUGUAUAUCCAUGGUCAUUGUCACCGUUGGCUACGUGCUAACAAAUGUGGCCUACUUUACGACCAUUAGCGCUGAGGAGCUGUUGCUGUCCAAAGCAGUGGCAGUGACCUUUUCUGAGCGGCUGCUGGGAAGUUUCUCAUUAGCAGUUCCAAUCUUUGUUGCCCUCUCCUGCUUUGGCUCCAUGAAUGGUGGUGUAUUUGCUGUCUCCAGGUUAUUCUAUGUUGCGUCUCGAGAGGGUCACCUUCCAGAAAUCCUCUCCAUGAUUCAUGUCCGCAAGCAUACUCCUCUGCCAGCUGUUAUUGUUUUGCAUCCUCUGACAAUGAUAAUGCUCUUCUCUGGAGACCUCAACAGUCUUUUGAAUUUCUUCAGUUUUGCCAGGUGGCUUUUUAUUGGGCUGGCAGUCGCUGGGCUGAUUUAUCUUCGAUACAAACGCCCAGAUAUGCAUCGUCCCUUCAAGGUGCCUCUGUUCAUCCCAGCUCUGUUCUCCUUCACCUGCUUCUUCAUGGUUGCACUUUCUCUUUAUUCCGACCCAUUUAGUACUGGGGUUGGCUUCGUCAUCACUCUGACUGGAGUCCCUGCCUACUAUCUCUUCAUUAUAUGGGACAAGAAGCCCAAGUGGUUUAGAAGAGCAUCAGAUUCAGUCUCUUGGUUCAUGAAUAAAAGUCCUUAUUUGAAUGCAAAAUAUUAAUGUAUUCUUGCUGAGAAGCCAUCGUGGGAAGUUGCAGAAGUGACAAGUAAAUUAAUUGAGCAUGAUGGAAUUCUAAUGAAGGAAAUAAUUCUUGGAAGUGCUUUGUGAAAUAGGUGGUUGUGUAUUUUCAGUGUUCAACCCAAAAGAAUUCAUAUUUUUUUAGAUUUCUGCAUUUCUUACUUCCAUGAAUUUUAAUUUCUCUUCUUUAUGUCUUUGUAGAUAGAGUAACGAGAACGUUACAGAUAAUACUGGAAGUUGUACCCGGAGAAGAUGGCCACAAAUUAUGAACUAAUAUUACAACCUUGGCAAUCUGUCAAAGGGCAGAGCUGCAAUAUGGAUCUUUUCUUCAUUUUUUUGGAAAUCCAGAGAAUUGCAUCUUUGGCAAUGGGCAGAAGGAGUCAGUUAUUUCUAUUUGUAUCUUCUAAGUGUGUUCAAACUAAUUUCUGAGAAAUUCAGUUAUAACUCCACGUAAUUGUAGAAAUCUAAUACGCAAAUUGUACCAUGAGUUCUCCCAAUUCUUGAGUUGCUGAUGCCCACCUGUGGGGGUUAGGAAAAAAGACUAAGGGAAUGGACUAUGACUUUAGUGGUCAUUCUUUGCCAUGUAUGUUAUUGUAACUAAGAGCCUUCAAAUUGAAGACUGAGAUGUUCUCUGUAUAUAUGGGUUUUUUGUAAACAUGGAUUUACCUACCCUAGAUGUCUAUACUGUGAAUAGUGUUUUCUAUUCUUCUGAAGAAAGAACGUAUGUCAUUAUUAUUGCAAGGAGGAAAGAAAGAAAUUUAUUUUAUGUCGGCAUUGCAUUGCUUUCCCUUAGACACCAACUUGGAUAUCACUUAUCUUUAAAUGGCUUCUACCCAGAGCGUUAGAACAAAAGACGGGGGAUAUGCCUCAUUUUCUUGAAAUACCUUAAAGACGAGUUUUUAGGGGCUAUUGUUUAUGUUGAGAAAUAAUGUUUGGGUAAAAAUCCUUGAGAAUUUAUUAGUUUAGAUAGUUUUUUAGCCAUGCUCAAGAAGUUCCAUGAAUAAUAUAUCAUUUUUUUUGCCUUGGUUCACUUGAUCAGGAAAUUUGCCCACCUCUUUCACUAAUAAUUUAAUCCUUGGUGAAUAUAUCUAAAUACAUGAAUUUUAAACCUUCAACUUAUAGUAUGAACAUGACAGAAAUUACCAAUAAAGAGAUUAG